AUGACAUCGUCCACUGCAGAAGCUGCCUCCGUGCAGGCUGGCGCUCCCUCACCGAUUGCGGUCGUCGGAAUGGGGAUGCGCCUGCCCGGAGGGGUACGCACUGUGGAUGAUUUCUGGGACGCUCUCAUCAGCCAGAAGGAUUGCUCCUCCGAAGUCCCCCAAACUCGGUAUAAUAUUGACGCAUUCUACCACCCGGAUAAGCCUCAGUCCGUGAGAACGAGGCGCGGAUAUUUCCUUGAGGACGACUGCUUGCAGAAGGCCGACACGAACUUCCUUCAAUGGAUUCCGGGAUUUAGUACGAGCGAACUAGAUCCUCAGCAGAGGUUAUUGCUCGAAGUCAUCUGGGAGUGUAUGGAGAAUGCGGGACAAACCGGCUGGCGCGGCAAGGACAUUGGAUGCUACGUCGGUGUAUUCGGGGAGGACUGGCACGAAUUGACUGCGAAGGAAUCACAGAUGAUCCCUCGUACACACGCCUUCGCCAACGGAGGGUUUGCACUAUCAAACCGGGUGUCAUUUGAGUUCGACCUGAAGGGACCAAGCCUCACCAUAGCGACAGCUUGCUCUUCCUCUCUAAGCGCUCUCCAUGAAGCCUGCCAGGCUCUUCAAACGGGCAGCUGCUCAUCCGCCAUUGUUGCCGGAACCAACAUGCUUCUCACCCCUUCCAUGAGCGUGACAAUGUCUGAGAACAUGGUUCUCUCGCCUGAUGGGCUGUGCAAGACAUUUGACGCUGACGCAAACGGUUAUGCGCGCGGAGAAGCUGUAAAUGCUGUCUAUAUCAAGACCCUGGACAAGGCAAUAGCAGACGGCGAUCCUAUCCGCGCCGUUAUCCGCGCCACAUCGGCCAACUAUGACGGCCGAACGGCAAAGAUUUUCGCACCGGAUAUUGACGGUCAAAAGCGGCUUAUCAGAAAGGCCUACGAGCGAGCGCAGAUUGAAAACAUCGCAGAAACGGCUUUUGUGGAGUGCCAUGGCACCGGCACUAGACGGGGAGACAUCGUCGAGGCCACGGCGAUUGCUCAGACUUUCCAUCCGCACGGGGUUCAUAUUGGAUCGGUGAAAACAAACUUUGGUCAUGGCGAGGGCGCCUCUGGCCUGACCGCCGUUAUCAAGGCUGUUCUGGCUCUGGAGCAUCGGACGAUUCCACCAAAUAUGCAUUUUCGACAACCGAACCCUUCCAUCCCCUUUCAGGAAGGGCGACUCAAAGUUCCAGUCAAGCCCACCCCAUGGCCUGAGAACCGAAAGGAACGAGUCAGUGUCAACGGUUUCGGUGUAGGCGGAGCUAACGCUCAUGUUAUCCUAGAAUGUGCACCAAGCAUCGUGCCUGUGGAACCCAAACAGGAGCCAAGGCGAGGACUGGUUCCUCGACUCCUGGUUUGCUCCGCUCAUAGCAAGACAGCCUUGGACGCCCGAAUGGAUGCGAUUAGAUCUUACUUGACUCUGAGACCGCAGGCUCUGGCCGACGUCGCUUAUACACUUGGGGUUCGUCGUGAUCAUCUGUCUCAUCGGUCGUUUACUAUUGCCAAUAGUGAUGGCGAGCUUUUUGGUGGAGAAGUCCACUCACACCAUAUAUCCGAUACAUCGCCACCCCUCUCACUAGUAUUCGCUUUCAGUGGACAGGGAACUCAGUGGGCUCGAAUGGGGGUGGAGCUCAUUCGAACCUUCCCCAGCUUUCAGCGAGACAUACAACUCAUGGACCAGAUUUUGCAACAGCUACAAUCUCCUCCGGCAUGGAGUAUAGAAGGUAUGGUUGUGGCGUAUGCACACUUACUCCUAUACUUCCAUCAAAAUAUAUGGAGUCAAAAUGACCCCUGUCGAGGCGAAGUAACGUACGACAUUCGGUCAGCCGGAUCACGAUGCCUGUCGUUAUCCAACAAGGGUACGGAGUAUAUGUCAGUCUUAGCGGUCCACUCAGAGUGCCAAGGGCCGGACACAGCCCGAGCAGACUGGUUGCUGCCUGACAAUCCUGGCUGUUGUGCAAAGCGUUGA